CCACUUCCUAGUUUAACCCAAAAAAGGAAGUCACAAAAACUCACUCUCUUUACAAACUCAAGUGAUCUUUCGUUUAGCCUUUUCCUAUCUCCAUGGAAACACAAAUAGACAGCUUUUGGGUAUUGGUCCUUGUUUCCAAAUGCAAAGCCUUUUCUGCUCAAAACCCCAUCUUCCUUCUUGUUUCUGUUUUCCUGGCCUGGCUAGCCAUGGCUUUGUGUUACUGGGUGUACCCUGGAGGCCCUGCCUGGGGUAAUUAUUUGCGCAAGAAAGGAAUUAGCUGUUCAAGAGCCAAGAUGAUUCCAGGGCCUAGAGGGUUUCCAGUGAUAGGAAGCAUGAACCUCAUGGUUAACUUGGCUCACCACAAGCUUGCUGCUGCAGCGAAGGCUUUUAAAGCAGAAAGACUUAUGGCUUUUAGCUUGGGAGAGACUAAGGUCAUUAUCACAUGCAAUCCUGAUGUAGCCAAAGAAAUCUUGAACAGUUCAGUCUUUGCUGAUCGUCCAGUUAAAGAGUCUGCCUAUCAACUCAUGUUUAAUAGAGCUAUUGGUUUUGCUCCUUAUGGGGUUUACUGGAGAACUCUAAGGAGAAUUGCAGCAACUCAUCUUUUUUGUCCUAAACAAAUCAGCUCUACUGAGUCGCAAAGAUUCAAUAUUGCUUCUCAAAUGGUAUCCGCAAUAGCAAGUCAAGGUGGAGAUUACUUUUGUGUUCGAGGCAUACUAAAGAAAGCUUCACUCAACAACAUGAUGUGCUCAGUUUUUGGUCGUAAAUAUGAUCUGGGCUCAUCAAAUAGUGAAACUGAAGAGCUUAGAAGGCUUGUUGAUGAAGGUUAUGAUCUUCUAGGGAAACUUAAUUGGUCUGAUCAUCUUCCUUGGCUUGCAAAUUUAGACCUUCAAAGAAUCAGGUUUAGGUGCUCCAAUUUGGUUCCUAAAGUGAACCGGUUUGUGAACCGGGUUAUUGAAGAACAUAGAGAGGACCAGACUGGCCAAAGAAGAAAUGACUUUGUCGAUGUUUUACUCUCUCUUCAUGGACCGGACAAGUUAUCACACCAUGAUAUGAUUGCCGUUCUCUGGGAGAUGAUUUUUAGAGGAACAGAUACCGUGGCAGUUUUGAUAGAGUGGAUACUAGCAAGGAUGGUACUUCACCGUGAUAUCCAAUCAAAGGUGCAUGAUGAGCUCGAUCAAGUUGUGGGAAGAUCAAGGCCGUUGAUGGAAGCAGACAUUCAGUCAAUGGUUUACCUGCCUGCAGUUGUGAAAGAAGUUCUGAGGUUGCACCCACCAGGCCCACUACUGUCGUGGGCCCGUUUAGCAAUCACGGACACUAAUGUGGAUGGAUAUGAUGUUCCAGCAGGGACCACAGCUAUGGUUAAUAUGUGGGCCAUAACAAGGGACCCACAAGUUUGGGCGAACCCUCUAAGGUUCUUGCCAGAGAGAUUUUUGUGCAAGGAUGCUACUGCUGACGUGGAAUUCUCUGUGUCCGGGUCUGACCUUAAGCUGGCUCCGUUUGGGUCGGGUCGGAGGACUUGCCCGGGAAAGGCUCUGGGUUUGGCCACGGUUAGCUUUUGGGUCGGGGUUUUGUUGCACGAGUUCGAGUGGGUGCAAUGUGAUCAUGAGCCGGUGGAUCUCUCAGAAGUGCUAAGGUUAUCUUGUGAGAUGUCUAACCCACUUACAAUCAAAGUGAAUCCAAGGAGAAGAUGAUCAAGCACGUCAUAUGAUGAUCUGAUGCUGGAAAUGGAUGCAGAUAAUCUGAUCGUAUACUUGGCAGCGAACAAGCACUAUAAUGUUCACUGAACGUAAGUUGUAGAUAUACCCUUCAGGCCUUAUAUAAUUAUACUGGUAUCGUGGUUUGGGAACUUGCUAGCUAGAAUUGGUGUGUGAUUAUGGUUGCUGAUGAGAAAUAAUAUCCACACUAAUUAUCCUUUUGGAUUGUAAA